AAAAAAAGAAAAAAGAGACACUCAGAUUGUUGCUGACAACGAUUUGAUCAACAAAACAGGAAUCAGCUGAUCGCUUUGUGAAGCCUCUUUGUUUACAAACAGAAUUCUCGCCACAAGCAUGGGCAAAAACAACUCGUAUUACUUGGUUUUACUAUUGUUAAACUGUUUUUUACUGUUCAAACAUGCGGCCUGUGAUUGUGGAUGCAACAAGCUAAAACGAAAUGCAGAAGGACAAGAGCUACCGAAGGAGCGCAUUAUAUUCCCAUCAGACGCACCCGCAUCCCAGCCAGAUGAAGAUGGUGAAGCAGAAAGUUUGCUGCAUUUGGUUGAACAUUCCAAGCUGUUUGAAGCGAUGAGCCGCAUUCCAGGAGGAGAGUACGUUAUCGGCACAAAUGAGCCCAUUUUCGUCAACGAUCGAGAAUCUCCCGCCCGCACGGUUGCAAUCCGCGACUUUUACCUAGACCAGUACGAAGUGUCCAACGCACAGUUUAAAGAGUUUACCGACCAAACCGGCUACACUACGGAGGCAGAGAAAUUUGGCGACAGCUUCGUAUUCCAGCAACUGCUCACGGAAGCGGUGCGGAAAGAGUACGAAGAUUUUCGUGUUGCCGCCGCUCCUUGGUGGUAUAAAGUACGGGGCGCAUCCUGGAAACAUCCGGAGGGCGAUCAGUCGCAGGAUAUAAGCAAUCGGCUCGAUCAUCCAGUGGUGCAUGUAUCGUGGAACGAUGCCGUGGCGUACUGCAGUUGGAAAGGGAAGCGUCUCCCAACGGAAGCGGAAUGGGAAGCGGCUUGCCGUGGUGGACGGAAGCAGAAACUUUUCCCCUGGGGUAACAAGCUGAUGCCUAAGGACCAGCACAUGAUGAACAUUUGGCAGGGCAAGUUUCCGGACAGCAACCUGGCGGAGGAUGGUUGCGAUUCCACCUGUCCGGUGUCAUCCUUCCGGCAGAAUCCAUUCAAUCUAUACAAUAUUGUUGGCAAUGUGUGGGAAUGGACGGCGGAUCUGUGGGAUCCAGAAGAAGUGUCCAACCAGCGUACCAAGCCCGGCAGUGAUCCUCCAAACCGGGUGAAGAAGGGUGGUUCUUACCUGUGCCACGAAUCGUACUGCUAUCGCUACCGAUGUGCCGCACGAUCGCAGAAUACAGAGGACAGUUCCGCCGGUAAUCUAGGCUUUCGUUGUGCUGCUGAUGCUGACUGAUAGAAUCAAGUGGAUAGCGAAACCUUGUGAUAAUCUCGUCGACUACCGAAAGAAUGUAGCAACAUAGUCUUUUCGCUUGCCCUUACUUUUACAAUCUAAUCACACGGAACGCUUGAAAAUGUCGCAUAUGUGCAAUGAGAAACAUUAAUUGAAAUAAAAGCAACAAUUAAGGUACCAA